GCAGGCACAGCAGCGCACAAACCUGGCGCUGUCCUGGACGGCACGGGUUAACUGCGCCUGCGCUAUGUAGACCUACAGUGUCGCUCCGCGCCUACUGCAGCUGCAGUUCUUGGUGCUCUUCCUCCUGGCACAGCAUCACGUUUGUACACCACAAAGCUGUGCUGAGCCCUGUUUCCCUCGAGAGUUUCUGCUUCUGCAUGGACAGAUGCGUGCCCAGCCAUUUUUCCUCCUUCCGCUCAGCCAUUGUGGCUCCUCUGCGAAGGACAUCGUUCAGGCUCCUGUGGCUGGAACGUGGCCGACCACCUCCCCCUGGUUAGCUUUCACUCGCGACCCAUCUGCGAUAUGUGGACAAGACUGAAAGAGGCUAUGUAUAUGUGGAAACUGCCUUGCUUGACCACACCAACUGGAUUGCCUUGUACAUGUGGUUCCCAUGAUGCUUGGGUUACAGGGAAAUACUUCAUCCUCCAAAGUGUAUCGUUGUGUGGCUUGUUCAGCCACCUUCACUGGACUGGCCUCCUUGCUAGUACAUCAGGCAACCCAUGCAAGUGCACUCUCCAAGGGUUCUACUCCCACUCCACAGCCUAACAUCAGUCCACAUGAAACACUGUUUGCAAGUAUGCACCCAUCCAGUGAGCACCCCUGUCCACCAACACUUUUGCCUGAGAGCCCUUCACCUUCUUUUUAUAUUUGUGAUUGUGGAGAGGAAUUUCAGGACUUCAGUCUUAUGCUGGAACACAAGCGUUCACAUAUAUCUCCAAUUCAGCUACUGCAGCCUCUAGAUAACAAUAUUGUUCUCUCAAGUGGAAAGGGAUGUGAUCAAGCUUUUCCCACCCAGCAUGUAUCAUUUAAUCCAACUGUAGCCCAGCCAGGUUUGGUCCUUACUUGCCCCUCUACCUCAAGGUCCCCACCUGUCGACCUGCCCACAUUAACAGAUCAUAAAGCCAAUGUAAACCUAGGGGAUGGCAUUGCCUUUGCAACCACUUCUCAAGGCCAAUGUACACCCCCCCAGGAUAACAGUGAAAAACAGCGUAACAACAUGUUGUCCACAGCAGAGCAAAUAGCAGAGACUGUAGAGGACAUGCAUUUCCAGGACAAAACUAAUUCUGUUCUCAGCAUUGAAAAGAAUGACUCUAUGCCCAAAAACAACUCCCUAAUGAAGUUGCUGGCAUCAGCAUACAUGAAGCGCUUUUCACCUAUUCAGUCUCAGAAUCAAAACAAUAACACAGUUACCCCCAAACAAGAAGUUGUCCCUGUUAAUAUAACUUCAGGAGCAAAAACUGAGGUUUCCCCGAUCAACGACCUCUCUAUUGCACAGUUGAGGCGACUGCUUGCAAAACCUGGUAUAAAGACAAAAGGUCCAUCUAUUGGCAGAAUUCUUGAGUGCAGUAAGAAAAGAGUUGUCUCUCUGACCAAGACUUUCUCCCCUGUUGUGGUUCUUGAAACCCGUCAAAAGCUCAUGGAUCCAAUGGGUAAUGGUACGUAUGGGACAUAUCAAUGUGGCCGCUGUCGUAGGGUCUUUGAAAACUUGGACAAACUAACAGAGCAUCAUUUCUUGCACAAAAAAGAAAGGAUUAAAUGUUGUCGUCGCUGCAAACAGCUGAUCAUUGGGCGGCUACCUUUACGUGACAAUCACGUAUGCCCUCAGUUAGGAAACAAGACCGUACAGCCAUCAGGUUCGUUUAAGAACAAGUUACCAUUUUCCCAAAAAAUAAUGGCAUUCCAUAGGCUCAACAACACAAAAAAGGUCUUCUUUUGUCCAUUGUGCAAGCACAGCUACGCACGGAGGUGGAACCUUAAAAUGCACAAGUGUCAGGGCACAGGCUCAGCCUUUUCUCAGCAAACCAGUCCCCCCAUUCAGAAAAUGAUUGUAUUGAGAUCAAAUAGCACAGCUAAAACAGACACAGAUGUUAUAGCUGAAUCUCAAUUUUCUAAGAGUAUUGGUGUAGGAACUGAAGUAACUGGUCGUAUCAAGGUGGAAGUGACCUCUUCGAACUCAGACCAGUCUGCAGUUUCACAGUUGGCCUGGACUAAUCCAGCAAAAAGUUUUUCACCAUUCUACCCCAAACCUUCAAUGAUGGAACAGCACAAGGAUGCCUCUCUGAGUGGAAUUUCACUCCAGCAAGGAGAGGAAAACAGCUGGGAUUCAGCACCUGUUAAUGAUGAAGAUAGAAAUGAAGGGCAGUGGACAAUUCCCUUGGAUGAUGAAAUGGAGGUGCUGAGUUCUGCAGAGAAAGCCGGUGAUGACAGAGGGGUGAAGACAUCUGUGUCAGUUGGACAUGUGGAGGCGACACCCGCUAGCCUGCGCUACUUUGUCAGAGAUGGUGUAAAACGUUACCCUUGCAACAGGUGUCAGAAAACCUAUAGUCGGGCAUCUACUUUGAGGCGUCAUCUCCGACUAUGUGGGUUUAGGCCACGUGCACUUGGGACUGUGACACAGAGUGGUAGUCAUGGUGCCAUUCAACUGAAUGCAAAUAGCAUGAAACCAAUGUUUGCUUGUUUUGUCUGUGGGAAGACCUUUAAUCGCAAAGAUAACAUGAUGGUUCACAGUAAAAAAUGUCAGUUGCAACGAACAAUGGCAGAUGUAGAUAGAGGGACUGGACAGCAGAGUUUGUCAGGCAAUACAACAGAUUGUCAAACCAAGGAGGACGAUGGAGGCAACUGGGGCAUCAUGUCACUGCCCUCUGUACUUCCAAGGAGGGUGACGUGUGAGUGUGGGGUUGGAUUUACAUCUCCAAGGCUUCUCCUGGAGCAUCUGCAGAAACAUGCUCAGGAAUCCUACACAUGUCCGACUUGUGGAGAGACUGUUAGUUCUUGGGCAGACUAUGAAGUUCAUCUGCAGAUUCAUAUGCAUCCUCAUCACCAGCUGCUGAAGGGACUGCAACCACAACGAUCACAACCUCUAUUACUUCGAUUUCAGCAACAACCAGCUCAGCAGCAGCAGCCACCGCCCCAGUCAGUGCAUCAGCCUCCACAGAAACCAUCACGGCCAGAGCAGCUUCCAAAUCCCACAAAAAAGCAGCAGCGGAUUGUAUGCACACGGUGUGGCAACACUUUUGCCACUCGCUGUUCCCUUCGAAGGCAUAUAUCUUGGAAUCGAUGCAAAGGUGGACGGGUUACAAAUCUACAGACAAAUCCACUGAAAACCUACCACUGUUCUCACUGCAACUCUGACUUCCCAAACACAAUCAGUCUUACAUUUCACCAGAGGAGUGGUGCUUGCAAGCCUGCCAUCAAGCCUGUGCGUUGCCCUGUUUGUCUUCGCUGGUUUAGCACUGUCGACGGUCUGCAGAAACACCUGCUUACACACAAACAGUCUGAAUCAUAUCGUUGUGAUGUCUGUCAGGGAACAUACCCAAACCUUAAAUCACUCAAAAACCACUGCAGGAGGAUUCAUCGCAUCAUGGCUGGAGACAUUAAGCCACAAACACAAGAACAGCUGACUUCUCAAUGAAACUGUAAAAUGUGUAACAUGGGGGUGGUGCAUUAAGAACACAGCGCGUCUUGUUAUAGUUUGUUCCUUCCUUAUUUGCCAGUUGAACUUUACCUGUUUUUUACUUUCAAGAAAACAUUGUACAGCUGCAUAAGGUGGUGUUUUUUAAGCAACUCUUAGGAGUGUGUCAUAGUUGCUUGCCACUGUAAAAACAAAAGCUUUGAUAUAGUAUACAUUUUAGCUCUGUCAAGUUAAUGCCUAUAUUACAUAAUGCCAUUAGCCUGUAAAUGUUUGAGUAUUUGGUAACCAAACUUUGAUCACAAAGGUUGUGAUAUAGCUCGUUGUUGUUCCUGGUGUUAAUAAACCGGUAUGUGAAACAUGUACAUUACAUCUUUUUGUGUGAUAUGAGAUCUUAUAUCUUCCUUAAAGUCUUUGAGGCAAAAGUGCAGGAUUAACAUAAGAAAGGGUUUGUUUUUUAAUACCAUGUGUACAGAGCUAUGCUUGAACAUGAAAAUUAUGAGUGGUAUCACAAUGACCAUGGUUUAUAUUUCUCCAACUUAGGAGAAUAACUGCAGUUAAUAAAGCCUAAAAGUGAUCAUUUUACAACUAUCCAUAUCCUAUUGUCCAACCCUUCAGAUGGCUUCUAGUGUUUCAGGUAUUUAGGCAGAUGUAACAUCUUUAUUACUAUGUAAUUUUCUGUGUGCACAAGAUUUUGUGUAGUUAUUAUUUACAGAUGGAUGUAAUUUAGAGCUACUUCACAACUCCAGUGUUCAUUUUAAAAUUAAUUUGACAUAUUUCUAAGUUGUGAAUGGGGCUUGAGCAAAAUGAUUAAUGAUAUCAAGACUGGAUUACUAAGCAAACAGGUGCUGCAAAACUCUGGGAGUCCCAAAGACUCCAGCCUUACCUUGUCAAGUGAUUUUUUGCUAUUUUAUUGAAAAUUUGGAAUAAUGUACCACUAAAGCAAAUCAACUGAUAGGAUAAGGGCCUUAAAGUAGUUCCUGCUUAGUUACUUGAGGCUGUGUCUUGAAGCAAGUUCAUGUGUCAAAACCCAGUUUUAAGAGCUACUUUAUCUCAUUUUUGUGCUUGCAUGUUGCAUAUUCCCAAAUUGAUGUGUUAAAUCAAAUGACCACGGCCAGUCAGUAUUCCUGCAUAGUAAAACUGUACACAUUGCAUGGAGAGUAUGAGGAACAGGGCUUAAUUGCAGCCCCUAGCAGGUUAAUCAAGCCAUGGUCUUUUAUAACAUUCAUUGCCACACAAGUCUGUCAUAAAUGACAAUUAACGGUAAAUAUCCAAGGGAACCUAACAUUACUUUAAAGUCGGAUCUUGAGGAAAC